AUGGACGGCAGCGAUGCUCCGGCAGCGGCGGCCAAGGUGUCGCUGCUCAUGCUGGGGCAGCAGGCCAUCCUGGACGCCCUCCUCUGUUUAGCACACCUGACUGCAGGGAUUGUGAUGGAGGAUGUGUUCAACGCGUUUGCGGUGGCGGCGUUCUUCGAAUUUGUGGUGUUUGCCAUCUUUGAGAUGCGCUACCUGCUGCUGGUCUGGAAGGCGCGCCGCGCCAACUCUCUGGACCCUUGGGCGGCGCAGCGCGAACUGUCUGUGCUUUAUGCGCGGUUCUAUGGAGUGCUGCUCGCCGGAGUCUUCCUCGGCUACCAGCUUCACCUGUGGCUGAAGUAUCUGAUAUUCCCCAUGUACGCCUUCUGGGUACCCCAGAUCGUGUACUGCGCGCGCCACGAUGUCCGCCAGCCGCUGCGGCCGGCUUAUGUAAUCGGCAUCACCCUGACGCGUCUCGCGCUCCCGCUGUACCUCUUCGGCUGCCCCCACAACCUGCUCGGCUGGCAACCGCGCCCGGGGGUCUGCCUCGCCCUCUGCAUCUGCAUGGCAGUUCAGGUGGCGGUGCUGAUGGUGCAGACUCGGUGGGGCCCGCGCUGCUUCAUCCCCAAGCGCUUCCUGCCGGCCAAGUACGACUACCACCGGCGCGCGCCGGCCCGGCCGCUGGAGGCGCCAGAUCAGGCUCGGGGGCCGCGCGACAUCGAGACGGGGGACGCGGGCGUGGAGUGCGUCAUCUGCAUGAACCCGCUGGACGUUGAGCGGACCUCGGCUCGCAUGGUCACCCCCUGCAACCACUUCUUCCACCCCGACUGCCUCAACCGCUGGAUGGAUGUGAAGAUGGAAUGCCCCACCUGCCGGCAGCUGCUGCCACCCACCUGA